UGAUUAUAAUAACUGCGAUGACUUUGGAUGCUUUGAUGGCUGCGAUAUCUUUUCAACCGGUUAAUGAAAAUUCGACAGAAGAAAUUUUCAGACAAACACCACUUCGAACAWUGUGUAUCUUUGGCGAUAUGACAACUUCCACUUAUUGGACGGUAUUUGUUUUUCAAGCUGUUCAAAUGAUCAAUGCCAUAGCUGUUGAUAUGGGAAAUGACGUUUUCUUCUUUGGCAUUGCCAUGCACAUUUGUAGCCAAUUGCACUCCCUGAAAAUAUUUUUCGAUCAGUUUCAAUCCMACGAAUCAAAAGAUCGUAUUCAAAAAAUUAAUGAAUUUGUUAACAGACAUUUUCACACUUUGGAUCUUGCUCAAAGAUUAGAGAACACUUAUAACAAUGUUUUAUUGUCAGUUUUGAUGGCAGAUGGAUUGCACAUUUGUUUGGCAGGUAUCCAUAUACUUUUGUUAUCCAAACAAUACGACAUGGUACAACUUUUGAAAACAACUGUAGCAUUUUUGGUCGUAUUGGCCCAACUUUUCUUAUACAGUUAUACCGGUGAAUAUUUGUCCACGUUGUCCCAGGACGUUUGCAACGUAAUUUAUCAUUUUCCUUGGUACGAGUGUUCACCCAGUACAAUUAAAAGUAUAACAUUCAUUAUAAUGAGAUCACACGAGCCGUUACGUCUUACCGCUGGUAAAUUUUAUACCAUGAAUCUUGAAAAUUUUAAAAAUAUAUUAAAAGCAUCAUUCUCAUAUUUUUCCGUUUUACGAAUAAUGUUCGAUGAAUGA